UGGAGAUUUCAGUGGAUUUCUGCUUCAGAUUAAAGCAGACCAAAACAACUCCACAGGAAAACAAUUCCGGAGCAGGACGGAACACACAGAACAGUGUGCAGCCCUUUGGACCGCUGGGUUCUGACUGACGACACACCAUCCCACACACGGCAAAACAUGGCUCACUAAACAACGAAGGCCUAUUGGAUAGCGAAAGGUGUCGAGGCAGAGUUGGCGAAAAGAGAAGAGCGUGAAGCUAUAAGAAGAGGACGACAACGGAGCAACACGUUGAGGGGGAACGGGAGAGAGCAGGAAAUUUGUGGGGAGGAAAGAAAGAAGGAAAGAAGGAGUGUGUCCACUCUUCUCCUGAUUGUCCCGUCAGUGGAGGUCUAGUCUUGACUCCAGUGUCUCCAGUUUUCUCCGGAACAAGCCAAUUGUCAAACGGGAAUACGGUGUCGGGGUCUCGUCUGGUUCCGCAAGACUAGUAGAGUGCUACCUCUCUGGGCUGGACGGACAUUGACAGCAGCCUCCUGUAGUGUGUUGACCUAUCAGCUGGUUGGGGAUAUCUCUCUCUGAGCCGCUGGGAGUACAGGUGUAUACUGAAAGUCUUUGGUUGUGGUUCCAGUGGUUAGUCAUGGAGGACUCUGGUUCCUCCAUCACCUCCAGUAUGGCCUCUCGCUGGACACUGCCUGGCUCACACACAGUGUCCCCGGCGGCGGAGAGGCUGCGCUACAUCCUGGGUGAAGAUGACGACAUGCCGACGCCCACUCUGUUUACGGAGAUGGACACGCUGCAACACGAUGGAGACGAGAUGGAGUGGAAAGAGUCUGCGAGGUGGGUGAAGUUUGAAGAGAAGGUGGAGGAGGGAGGAGAGAGGUGGAGCAAGCCCCAUGUGUCCACCCUGACCCUCCACAGUCUGUUUGAGCUGAGGACCUGUAUCCAGACUGGCAGUGUGCUGCUGGAUCUGGAGGGAUACUCCCUGCCACAGAUAGUGGAUGACAUCGUGGAUCGCCAGGUGGCAGACGGUCUGAUUGGUCCAGAACUGAGGGAGAAGGUCAGCUUUGUGUUGCUACGGAAACAUCGCCACCAGCAUAAGAAACCCAUCCACCUCUCGCUAGCCGACAUGGGCAAAUCAAACAAUUCCCCCACCAGCCGUAGUCCCCAGUCUGUUCAUAAUGUCAGUCGUAGUAACGUCAGUCGCUCUCCUAGUUCAGCCUCUGGCCUCAAUCACUCUACAGAGGACUUACGAGCCAAGUCAGGCAGCCUUGGUCGCCUGCAUCCCGCGCAAAGCCGAAGCAUGAACGACAUUUCAGACAAGCCAAGCACAGACCAGAUGAAAAAUAAGUUCAUGAAGAAGAUUCCUCGUGAUGCAGAGGCGUCCAACGUUCUGAUUGGAGAAGUGGACUUCCUGGAUAAACCAUUUGUAGCGUUCGUACGUCUGGCCCAGGCUACCACACUGGGAGGCCUGACCGAGGUCCCCGUACCUACCAGGUUUCUGUUUGUCCUGCUGGGUCCUCAUGGCAAAGGCAAGUCCUACAACGAGAUUGGCCGAGCUAUCGCCACGCUCAUGGUGGAUGACUUGUUCAGUGACAUUGCGUAUAAAGCCCGGGACCGUGACGACCUGAUCGCGGGGAUUGAUGAGUUUCUGGAUGAGGUCAUCGUUCUGCCCCCAGGGGAGUGGGACCCCAAAAUACGCAUUGAGCCCCCCAAGAAGGUCCCCUCUGCUGACAUGAGGAAGUCUGUGCUGAACCUGAACGAGCUAGGCCAGGUGAACGGGACCGGGACGGCUGGGGGGCCAGGAGGAGGAGAGGACGAGGAGAUGCCCACCCCCCACGAACUGGGAGAGGAACUGCAAUUCACUGGCAGGUUCUGUGGAGGCCUGUGGCUGGACAUUAAGAGGAAGGUUCCGUGGAUCCUUAGUGAUUUCUCCCAGGGCUUUCACAUCCAGUCCAUCUCUGCUGUUCUGUUCAUCUACCUGGGCUGCAUCACCAACGCCAUCACCUUCGGAGGCCUGCUGGGGGACGCCACAGACAACUACCAGGGUGUGAUGGAGAGUUUCCUGGGUACAGCGUUAGCAGGGACAGUGUUCUGUCUGUUAGGAGGUCAGCCCCUCAUCAUUCUCAGUUCUACUGGACCCAUCCUCAUCUUCGAGAAACUGCUCUAUGAGUUCUGCAAGUCUAACACUAUAGACUACAUGGAGCUGCGUCUGUGGAUUGGUCUCCACUCCUGUCUGCAGUGUCUGAUCCUGGUCGCCACGGACGCCAGUUACAUCAUCAAAUACAUCACCCGCUUCACCGAGGAGGGCUUCUCCAGCCUCAUCUCUUUCAUCUUCAUCUCCGACGCCAUCAAGAAGAUGGUGGGCUCCUUUAAGUACUACCCCAUCAACCGUGUCUUCAAGCCCGACUACGUUACCACAUACAGGUGUGAAUGUAUCGCACCUGACCAGGCUGCUGCGAUGGCUUUUAAUGUUUCAGUUCCACUAGCGGACGAUAACAUGACUGAUUUGUAUAACUUAACAGGUCUGGACUGGAGUCAGCUGAGUAAGAAGGAGUGUGUGAAGUAUGGCGGCGCCCUGCUGGGGAACGCGUGUAAGUACGUCCCUGACCUGGCCCUCAUAUCUUUUAUCCUGUUCUUCGGCACCUACUCCAUGACCGUCUCCCUCAAGAAGUUCAAGACUAGCCGCUACUUCCCCACCAAGUGCCGUUCCCUGGUUGGUGAUUUCUCCAUCAUCAUCUCCAUCCUGGUGUUCUGUGGGAUAGACUACCUGUUAGGCCUGGACACGCCCAAACUGCACGUGCCCACUGAAGUCAAGCCGACGCGUCCAGACCGUGGCUGGGUGGUGAUGCCGUUUGGUAAGUGCCCGUGGUGGGUAUAUGUGGCCAGCGCCGUCCCUGCUCUCCUGGUCACCAUCCUCAUCUUCAUGGACCAACAGAUCAGCGCCGUCAUCGUCAACCGCAAAGAGAACAAACUCAAGAAAGGUUGUGGGUACCAUCUGGACCUGUUCUGGGUGGGUAUUCUGAUGGCAGUGUGUUCCUUCCUGGGCCUGCCCUGGUACGUGGCUGCUACUGUCAUCUCCAUCGCCCACAUCGACUCUCUGAAGAUGGAGAGUGAGUCCAGCGCCCCAGGAGAGCAGCCCCAGUUCCUGGGAGUCAGGGAGCAGAGGUUGACGGGUAUUCUGGUGUUUGUCUUAACUGGAGUUUCCAUCUUCCUGGCUCCUGUCCUUCAGUACAUCCCCAUGCCUGUUCUCUACGGUGUCUUCCUCUACAUGGGAGUAGCCUCACUCGCAGGAAUACAGUUCUGGGAACGUAUCAAGCUGUACCUGAUGCCAGCCAAGCACCAGCCAGACUUCUCCUUCCUGCGUCACGUUCCUCUGAGGAGAGUCCAUCUCUUCACCCUGGUCCAGAUUAUCUGUCUGGCUGUCCUCUGGACCCUCAAGUCUACCGUAGCUGCCAUCAUCUUCCCUGUCAUGAUCCUGGGUCUGAUGGUGGUGCGUAAGAUGAUGGACCUGAUGUUCUCUCAACACGACCUGGCCUGGCUGGACGACAUCCUGCCGGAGAAGGACAAGAAGAAGGAGAAGGGUGGGAAGAAAAAGAAAGACAACAAAAGGACCAAAGCAGCAGAGCCGGAGAGCGACGAGGAGCCCAAGAGUCCCCUCCCUCCUCCAGUGAAGAUACCCAUGGACACCAUAGACCUGCAUUCAGCACCUGACCCCUCUGUAAGCCCACCCACCCAGCCCCCUGUCUCUCACUGAGAAGAACGUGUACACUAGUGUAAAUCCAGAUGAAAGUGACCGGAUACAUCCCCCCGGCCCUGACGCACACACCGACUGGGGACUACACUGCCAGAAUGUCCACACCUAUGACUACUGACACACACAUGUAAAAACACACACACACACACGCAUACAUCCACUUACUACUGCCAGCUAGACUACUGACAACUACCGUAUAAUCACACGCACAGCUAAUAACUAUUAGCAAACAUCCAUUUACUAUUAGCAUUCUUUACCACUGUUUUUACUUUUUAAAAACGUAAUACACAUUGAAUUUCAUAUAAAUGUAUACAAAUAUUCUAUAAAAUGUAGAUAUGAUGUGAUAUUUAACAUGUAAACAUAUGUCUAUUACACUCAGCUGGAUAGUAGUUAGUUAUUAUACUUUUAAACAUUGUACAAAUCACAGUACGGUCUGGGAGACAUACCCAGACACACGAAUCACACGCCGCUCGGAACCAUAGGUCUACUGUCCGAGGCUGUUGGAGCGUAGAUCGCAGUGUGUGGACUGAGGUUUCUUUUCGCUCAACAUAUUCUCUGAUCUCCAGCACCUGCUUAAAACCACUGGAUGCUAUGUGUGUUUUUUCCUGCGCUAUCCUUUGGCCCUGCGGUAGUUUGUGAGGGCAGACCGACAGUCGUUUAGAUACCAGAGCCCAUGCACCUGAUACCAAUGCAGAAGUUGUUUUUCUGUGUGUGUUUGUUUUGCUGAUGUCUUCCAUGUGUAAUUUAUUCACUGUGUGCCAUGAGAUUUGUAGCAGGAACCUCUUGUAGUAAUGUAAAGACGACUCUGAAGGCACAGUUAGCAAAGGAAGGGUUAUAAUGUCACGGUAAUCCAAUAUUAUAAUGCAGUGUUAUUCUGCAAAUUGACCGCAAGAAGCCAUCAAAUUGCUAUCAAUUUGCAUGCCCCCACACCACUGUCUUUUCCCACUAGUACUGACUUUGCCGAUAAAUACUUUGUUGGGGGAAAAUGUACUUGAUACCAUUGUGAUGUGUUGUUGUCUCAACUACUGUAGGUAUCUUAAGAUGAAUGAACUAAUUAUAUGUCGCUCUGGAUAAGAGCAUCUGCUAAAUGGCUAAAAUGUCAAAUGUGCUGAGCGACGGUGGUUGUUAUGGGUUCGUUGGAGACGUCCACACUAUCCAGGUCUAAUCAUUUACUAUUGUAACAUUUUGAUAAUUAUAAGACUACUCUGACCUACAA